GAGAGAGAGAGAGAGAAAUAGAUUGAACAUGGCCAGCAGAGUGGCCAUGGCCCAGGCUAUCUGAUAAAAGGGAGACUAGCCGAAGAUAGAGACUAGAGCGGGUGAGAAUAGCAAACAUUCAGACUAGUGAGAAUAGUUAUAAGGAGGAGGAAGAGCUGAGGGUCAGAAAGCCCAUGAGCAGGCAGGCUGGAGUUUCGGAUUGAGGAGGAAGUUAGUUGACUAGGAUGCUAGUGUGUGGAAUUGGAGUUUCCUUUAAACGUGACAAUUAUAAUGAGGUAAUAGAAGCCUCCUUGAAUUCAAAGCUAGCCAAGGUUACAUUGUAAAACCCUGUCUCAAUGGUGACAUCAAUUUACUGUGGUUCCUAUUGAGCAGAGCCUUAUGAGAAGAUCUUAUAAGUGAAUAUUUCCUUUGUUGUUGCUGUUUUUAUUUAUUUGUUUAUUAUAUUUUUUGAGACAAGAUUUCUUUGGAUAGCCCUGGCUGUCCUGGAACCAGGUUUAUAGACCAGGGUCAUCUCAAACUCAGAAAUCUACCUGUCACUGUCUCCUGAGUGCUGGAAUUAAAGGCCAUUGAAGGUGUCAAACAUCAGAUGACUCCAACCACAAUCUGACGAUCUGUAGUCCUGUGAAAACCCAAAGCAAAAAGCUCCAGCGAUGCUCCCAGUACCCUGAAAGGAAUAAAUGUUCUAAGAACGGGAGGAAUUAACUAUGGAUAAUUCAUACAAUUUAAAUGAACAAAGCUCAUGGAAUGGAAUCUCAUCAGAAAAGAAAAAGAAUUUCCUUGCAUCAGAAGAUCAUGGACAGAAAAUCUUAAGUGUACUACAGAGAUUUAGAGAACAGAAUGUCUUUUAUGACUUCAAAAUAAUCAUGAAAGAAGAAAUAAUCCCAUGUCAUCGUUGUGUGUUGGCUGCAUGCAGUGACUUUUUCAGGGCUAUGUUUGAAGUAAACAUGAAAGAAAGAGAUGACGGAAGUGUUACUAUCACAAAUUUGUCCUCCAAAGCUGUAAAGGCAUUUCUUGACUAUGCCUAUACCGGAAAAACAAGAAUAACAGAUGAUAACGUGGAAAUGUUCUUCCAGUUAUCAUCCUUUCUUCAGGUUUCCUUCCUGUCCAAAGCUUGCAGUGACUUUUUAAUAAAAAGCAUCAGUCUAGUCAAUUGUUUGCAUUUGUUAUCUCUGUCAGACAGCUACGGCUCUGCCCAGUUGUUCAAUGACACUUUAUAUUUCGUGCAGCAUCACUUUCAUUUGCUGUUUAAAUCCAAAGAUUUUUUAGAGAUGAAUUUUGGAGUGCUGCAAAAGUGUCUGGAAUCAGAUGGGUUGAAUGUACCUGAAGAAGAAAUGGUCCUAGAGGCUGUCCUCACAUGGAUUAAGUAUAACUUAGAGUCCAGGCAAAAGCACCUGCCUCACUUGAUUACAAAAGUAAGAUUACAUCAGUUAUCUGAGGACACACUUCAAGACUGUUUGCUCAAGGAAGAGUAUUUGCUCAAAAGUACAAACUGUUUUGACAUAAUCAUGAAUGCUAUUAAGUGUGUGCAAGUUUCUAGUGGCCUCUUUCCUGACGCUCGACCAUCCACAACUGAAAAAUAUAUAUUCAUCCAUAAAACUGAGGAAAAUGGAGAAAAUCAGUAUACAUUUUGCUAUAAUAUUAAAACUGACUCCUGGAAAAUAUUGCCACAAUCACAUCUGAUUGAUUUGCCAGGUUCUAGUCUGUCUAGCUAUGGAGAGAAAAUAUUCUUGACAGGUGGUUGCAAAGGGAAGUGCUGUAGAAAGGUUCGACUUCAUAUUGCAGAGUCUUACCAUGACGCCACUGACCAGACCUGGUGCUACUGUCCAGUUAAAAAUGAGUUUUUCUGGGUUUCAACCAUGAAAACCCCAAGAACCAUGCAUACAUCAGUCAUGGCUCUCAAUCGAUUAUUUGUUAUUGGCGGAAAGACUAGAGGAUCCCAGGACAUUAAAAGUCUCUUAGAUGUUGAAUCUUAUAAUCCACUGUCCAAAGAGUGGACAUCAGUUAGCCCUUUACCCAGAGGCAUCUAUUACCCAGAAGCCAGUGCAUGCCAGAAUGUCAUUUAUGUCCUUGGAUCUGAAGUAGAGAUUGCUGAUGCUUUCAACCCAUCACUUGAUUGCUUUUUUAAAUACAAUGCUACAACUGACCAAUGGUCAGAAAUAGUAGCAGAGUUUGGGCAAUUUUUUCAUGCUACUUUAAUUAAAGCUGUCCCAGUAAACUGCACCCUUUAUAUAUGUGAUCUUUCCACCUAUAAAGUAUAUAGUUUUUGUCCUGAUACUUGUGUUUGGAAAGGAGAAGGGUCUUUUGAGUGUGCCGGCUUUAAUGCAGGUGCAAUUGGAAUUGAGGAUAAGAUUUACAUAUUAGGUGGAGAUUAUGCACCAGAUGAGAUCACAGAUGAAGUGCAGGUCUACCACAGUAGUAGAUCAGAGUGGGAAGAGGUGUCACCAAUGCCAAGAGCUUUAACUGAAUUUUACUGUCAGGUUAUUCAGUUCAACAAAUACAGGGACCCAUGGUAUUCUAAUCAUUUCUAAAAGUAAUAUAUGCAUGAGUGCUCUAAAAUUACACAUAGUAGAAUUGGUUAAAAUAUAUCUGGGCACAAUAAAAUGUUCCUUCUAUCCAAGAAUGACUAUAGAUGUAUGCUAUUUCCAGAAGUUUAAUACAUUUUACCAAAGUUUUAUUGAAUAUAAAUUCAUUUUGAAUAAUCCAGAAUAUAUAGUAUUUUCUUAUAUAAAUGAAAAUUACAAAUGUAUGCCCACUUAAGUUAAAGGAUAGAAAAAUCAGUGUUCACAGAUGUGUACUGUGUAGAAGGGAAAGUUUUCUUGAAGUGAAAAUGGCUUAUAGACUGUACAUUGUGUGACAUGAAGAUAAAUUAGAAAUAGAUGAAAAAUUUACAUUGAACACUCAAGUGUAAGAAUUGUUGAACCCCUACUAAUUUCUGCUUGCUGGAUAAAUGAUUUCAUUUCACAUUUGUGUUGCCAGAAAUUUUCCACAAUAUACUUUUUUACUAUUAUUGUAUAUAAUGUUAUGUACAUGCAAUAUAUCUUUGUCAUUAAGAAUGUAUUGGAACACAUUACAUUGCUAAACCAUUGCAGUUAUUAUUUUUUUAAUUUCUGAUUCUAUUUGUUUUCACUGUCAUCUAGAGACCUAGCUUUUAGUAAGUCUCUAGCACUUGACACUCAUUUUCUGGUUCACAUUUAAUAGAUUUACAUUUUUUAUCAUCAUUCCAAAUUGUACCAACCUGAGUGUUGUCUUAACAUAUAACUCACUGGAUGAUAUCCUUAUAAUCUGAAAUGAUACUUUUAAAAUAGUUUUUCUACAUUAGUCCCUAUUCCACAACAGAGAGGAUAUAGAAAUUUUUACCUCUAGAGAAGUUGGUCAUUAUCAAGUCAGCAUACAAAGUAGUAGGGUUUGUUGUGGUCUUUUUAUGCAUGUUUGUCAUUAUAAUUUAGUUCCUAUUCCAUAUCCCUUUCACACUGCCUCUACACAUCCUGCAAGUCCUACUCUAGCUGCUUUCUUCCUGCCAGAUAGUAGUCCCCUUUGGUUUCCAGUUCACAUGCAUUCUGUAAUGCUCUCUUCCCCCUUAAAAUCUCUUCUUUCAGAGUAAUCUUUCUACCUACUCCCCCCUCAAGCACACACACAUUAUAUAUGUUGCACAGAUAUAGAAAUAUCUAGAUUUAGUAUGAGAGAAAAUACAUGUCUUUCUGGAUUUGGCUUAUUUCACUUACCAUAUUGAACUCUAGUUCCAUCCAUUUUCCUACAGAUGCUUUGAUUUCAUUCUUGACACCUGAUUAUAAUUUCAUUGUGCAUAUACCCAACAUUUUCUAUAACCAUUCAUUGAUGGGCAUCUAGGCUGAUUCCUGAGUGUUGUGAAUAAUGUAACAAUAAACAUAUUGUUCACUAAUUCACUAAUCAUUUGUCUCUUUAACCAGGAGUUGCAGUGAAGUUCCAGGGUCUAAUUAAUACCUUACCUGGCAUGGGCACUAAAUUUAUUUAAAGCACCAUGUUGUUUUACAACUUCAGUAAAGUAUUCCAAGUGAAUUCCUCUCUCAAAGAAAUGGUAGGACUUUUGAUACCGAUAAUUUCAAAAUGUAUGUUUAUGUCAGCUUUAAUGAGAGCAUGAGCAUCCUUGUUUCUGAGAAAAAUUGUUCUGUUUUGCAAGACACAUGCUUAUUUAAUUGCUCUAUUAAAUAGUAGAUAUUAAAAUAUAUUAGAUAUUGGCAUUUUAGGUUGUAAGACCCAUGAUUUGUAUCUCAAAAAUCAUAUAGUUUGCACAACUUAAAACUAGUAUGGUUUUAGUUUUUAAAACUUCUUUCAGUUUUUAAAACUUUCUAUGCUACAUUGUAAAUCUUAAUUUGUAGUAACUGUGCAAUUGAAAUUUACCUAAUUUUAAAAGAAAAUUCUUCUACUUUACCACAUGGAUUUUCAAUAUCAAAGUAUAUUUUCAUGUACCUUCAAAAUCAGACUCUCAGAUAUCAGUCACAGAUAUUAUUUUUAAGCACAGUCAGGUGACUUUGCUCUUUCUUUUGUGUACUUAAUAAAAAGAAAGCUCAGUAGAUGUUUCUCUGACAUUUUUCCCCCUCUGGCAUUCUUAAAGCCAGUAACAAUGAGUCACCUAUAUGGGGUAUUUCUUAGUGAAGUGUGCUUAAAUAAUAGCAUUACUGAAUCUAGGAAUUAUUAAUUUCUUCCAAAAAGAAAAAAAAAACUAAAGCAAAAAAAGAAUCCCCUCCCAACAAUCUUACAUUAUGAAAUCAACUCCGACGCUGCUAUUCUCACUGACCAUGGGUUUAUGGUAGUAUCUCUUGACAUAUACUUGUUGUCAAGACCUAAUUGGUUCCAUCUACUUUGGAUUUGUUGCCUUUGCUUAUGCUGGUUUAGGACUUAGUUCUAUUGCUUUGUUUGCUUUUUUAAAAUGUUCAUUAUGUUAUUAUGAAGAAAAUACUAUAUCCAAUUAUAAAAGCCAUUUCUUUAUCCCCACAGGCAUAGGCUUGGCUCCACUAUUUCAUCUAACUGCACUGAUGGGGAAAAACGGUCCUAUGAUCAGCAUCUCCAUGACCCUAUACACACUGGACCCAUGACUAAAUCAGUUACAUUAUCUGUCCCACGACUAAAUUAGUAUUCCCUGUGGUCUUGCCAGGUACUAUGGCCUUGCUACCUAAGAACAAAAUGUAUCACUAUGGCCCUUAACAUUUUGGUUUUCCAAUGUGCAAAUCUCUAUAAUCUCUGGUUUAUUCUAAAAAUAUAACUUCUUUUUAUGACUUCUCUCAGUAUUAACUUCCAUUAAGGCCUUUACCCAGUACUACAGUAUAGCAAACAAAAUAAUGAAGCUCAUUGCCAAGACUACUGUCAUUCCUAUGGGGGAAAUUUUUUUUAAACAAUUCUCCAUCCAUUAUCUUUUGUCUUGUUUUACCUCAUUAGGGUAUUCAUAUAGAAGUAUUUGAAUAUUUUCUCCUAAAUUUGAAAGUAUGUAUAUUGCAUUAUUAAAUAUAGAAAAGCAUUAACAUAUGAAAUAAAUUCAAAGUUACUAGACAUUCCUGUACUGAUCUUCAAACCUGAGUUAAAAUGUGGUACACCUUUGUUCAGGUAGUGUCUUAAGGAAGAAUAGUUGCAUAAUCAAAAUUAACUAAAAUCCCAUAACAACUCUGCAUUGGAAUAGAAACAUGAAAACUGGGUUAUUUGAGGGCAACCACAACAGAUUGUAACAAUAUUCCAUUUUUUCAUAUACUAAGAAAAAUGAAAUAUGUAUUCAUUGUAUUUGGCUCAAGUAUGUAUUUGACAACCAUAGUCUAAGAGAGGGGGAUAUAUUUGUUUAAUAUCUUGAUAUUCUGAAGCAAUAAAUGUUGUAAUGAUUACAUACAUACUGGAAUAUAGAGUGUUACUUUGUGAUCAUUGUUCUCAGAUUAAUUGAAUCCAUUGUUCUGGGAACUUUCCUCUUCAAACUUAUAUUUGAAAUUAAAAUAUGUUUAAGAAAUGUC